AUGAAAAAAAGUAAUGAUUCACCUACGCCACCACCGGCAAAUUUACCAUCAAUACCAGAUCCCAAAAAGAUUCUUGUAAAACCAGCCCCGGCUGCCAGACUAGUUCCUACUAAGAAAACGAUUCCGGCUCCUCCCAGACCUAAAGUGGCUCCCGCUUCCCCCAAAACGGAACAUGUUAGCCCAGCAUCUGAAGACAAAUCGGCAGCUCCUGUUAAACCAUCUCCGAUAACAGCAACAUCUGAAUCAGUUACUCCAGUCAGUCAGGGAUCAUCCUCUCCACAAAAAAGCCCUGCAACUUCCAAGAGUAUUUUUCCGGCCAGAUCGAACGGACCGGUACCAAUACCACCAAAAAUUGUACCGGCUGUUGCCCAAAACUCUGUAGCCAGACCAGCAGAGGCUUUAGGUAAACCGUCCACGGUACCGGAAAUAUCUUCGUCCAAGGCGACUUCCGCUGAGGCUCCAAAGCUUCCGGUCGCUGCUGAAAAACCACAAUCAGAAGUACGCGAGUGGGUCAAUAAUGGAGUGAAAACAAUUUCGAAGAACUAA